UAGAGUCAGAUGAUACUGGCUCAUACUCAGGGACAGAGCUACAGUGUGUGGUUUGUUUGUGUUUUAUUAUACGGGUACAGGGGUCCCUUUACACCGCUGUCGGACGUGGUGCAUUUGAAGGAUUUGAGGUGAUAUAUUUCUCAAAUGGAGUCAAAAGGUCCUUCUGCACCACCCCCUACCUAUGUGGAUUCUAUGCAACCACCAAGCUACCAAGCAGCUACUGACAGUCUACCUUAUCCUGCUGGACCUCCCAUGGGAGCUCCUGGGGUGCCAGUUACUCCAUAUCCACCCCAGCCUGCAGCUGCUCCUGUUGUGGUGCAGACUGUUUACGUACAGCCCAGGCAACUCGGUUUCCAGCCAACGCAGACUACCUGUGCAUCCUGUAACCAGUUAGUGCUAACCCAUGUUGUCUACACACCAGGUGCACUAACCUGGCUAAGUUGUGGAGGCCUCUUCCUUGUUGGGUGUUGGCUUGGCUGCUGUCUGAUCCCGUUUUGCAUUGAUGGCCUUAAGGAUGUGGAACACUUCUGUCCAAACUGCAGAACAAACAUUGGUGCCUGCAGACGCCUUUAAAUUUCAUUCAGGUUUCACUCUGCUCUGGAUGUAAUCUGGAUUUGCUCUGGACUGCUGUUCACACGGUAUCUGUUCAACUGCUCAGACUUCACCUGAGAUUCAACAGGCACUGAAUUUGGAAGGAAAUCUUUCGUUCCGCAGAAGACUAUCUACAGCCUGCCUCUAAUUCUCAACUGCAUCUGCUAAUCUGUGGCUCUGAGACUCAUGAGCAGCAAUUUUAAUGACUGAGAAUGUUUUAAGCAUUCAGGUAUUUUGCCACUUAGUUUAAAUAUCCCUUUUUAAUGGGUUUUGGCAAUUAGCAUUAUCUUUAAGCAGGUCUCCAAGUAAAAGGAUUUGGAUUGUUAAGUAAAACUUGUGCUGUUUGUUGAUUAAAAUCUUUUCAAUAAAAUAGUAACAUUAAAACUAAAAAAUCAAGGCCUAGAUUAAAGAUAGCAGCAUGUAUCACAUCACAUGCCUGAACUGGUGGUCUGACAUUUUCUCUGGGUGCUUGGUCUAUUUGGCUCUACUGUAGCUACCUAAUUUUGGUACAUGUUUGCACAUCACCAUGAUUAGCACUGCCGAAACACUUGGAAACACUUGGAUUGUAUUAUGGAUUCUAGCUUAUUGAAAUAGAUCACUUCAAAAAGAAAUCCUUAGUUAUUUGUAACCUAUAGCAUUGUAAGCCACAAUCCCUUCCCCAGAUGUGAAAAUUAAGCUUUGGAAGUUCAUGGGGGUGGGAAUUGUACUAACAAGAAAUAAAUGUGACUAUACUCUUUUGAAUUGGAGGUGCCAGUGUUGGACUGAGGUAGACAAGUUCACAAGCCUCAACACCAGAUUUUAGUCCAAUUUAUUUGAAAUCACAACUACUGGUUGACCUCACCUGACAAAAGAGCAGUGCUUCUGAAGCCUGUGAUUGUUGGACUAUAAUUUGGUCAUGUGACUUCACCUUCUUUCUGUUGUGAACACUUGAACAAAUUGUUGCUAAUUCCACUGAUGACCCACUUUGAGUUUACCUGAAGAGACCCUCUUGUAAAGAGGCUAAACCAGGUCCAUGAUCUGAUCAUGCAAAUGACUCAGACCCAACAGGGGUGCAAUGAGUCUCAAGACUUGCUGCAGUAGCAAGAUGUACAAUUUUUUUAAUUGUGGAAACUUUUUAAAAUUUUUGUAGCAAAUAAAAUGACUUUCUAUGCUACACAAACAGAACUAGUGGUAGAAACAGACUUGAUUGUUAGCCUGCUGGUUGAUUUGCAUUAUUACACAUGAAUAACCUAAAAUGACAAGUGUAGUUUAAGGAACUUUGAAUAAAAUGGGAGCUGCAGUCUAGAAAAUGGCAAGAGAAGCUAACACCUCUUAAAUGUGCCCUACUGUUUAUGUUUUAGAAGUUCUCUAAUAUUUACAACCUUUACAAAAAUGCUUUUAUCAUAACUUGCCUGCAAUCUGUUAUUUUGACCUCUGUCUACUGCACAUUGCCAAGCCUACUUUCAUUUGAAAAUGGACAGCCAAUCCUAGAUACAGUACAAUGAUCCUCUGUGUUCCACUCAGUGUAUAAUUUUUUUUAACAAAAAUAAGGUUAGUUUAAAAUCUGUGGAAAAGGUACAAUACAUGUGCAGUUAAGUGCUGGAACUAUUUUGGGGGGGUAAUGCAUACAAUACCUAUUGCUUGUACUCAUUACAGUCUUGCAUUUACUUCCUUUUUAUGCAAACUUUAAACAGCAUACUGUUAAUUUCAACAGAUCAGCAUACUUGUAAAAUGGCAGGCUUUUGCAAGCUUGGUGCCUGUAGACUGUUAAACUAAGAUGCAGCUUGAUUCUGUUAAACAUAACUCUUGCUUUUACACCUAGACUGUGCUUCAGAGCUUCUCAUUGGAAAGUUUAAUGCACUAGAACGUCUCUAAAUAGAAUAACCAUUGAAUUUUAAAGUUCUGGUGUUGCCAAUGCAAUCUGUUUUAGGAUUUUUGUUUUAAGUUUUUUUUCCAGACUUUAGUGCUGGACACAGAUGGAAAAAAUCAUCCAAUUUUUCAGUAUUGGACUUUUAUUUGAAUGUGAAUUGUUCCAAUCUGCCAGCUGUCCAGAUUAGGCUUGAACAAAUCAAAGGUAAAAUUUUCCAAUUGAAUACUGUAAAUAAACCAUUGGCCUUUUGUACCUAUUAUCCCUAUUUUGAGUGGGAAGCUUUUUCUGUCUGAAGUCCUAAAGAUGUGUUGACACAACUUCUGUUCACUGAGUUCUUAAAUAAAAACAAAAUCAUCA